CGCCGCCGAUCCGCAGCUCGCCUCCGGGGCCCGCCGGCGACCAUGGGGCUGAAGGCGCGGCGCGGUGCGGCGGGCGGUAGCGCGGCCGGCGGGGCAGCGGCGGCGGCGGGGCGGCGAGCGGCAGCCGGCGGCGUUGGCGACCCCGAGCAGGGCUCGCUGGCCCUGGGCACCGGCGCCGACCGCGACGGGACGCUGCUGCUGGAGGGCGGCGGGAAGGAGGAGGGAGGCAAGCGGAGCCCGCCGGGGCUGGGGCUGCUGGCGAAGACCCCCCUGAGCCGCCCGGUGAAGCGGAACCACGCCAAGUACCGCCGCAUCCAAACUUUGAUCUACGACGCCCUGGAACGACCCCGCGGCUGGGCGCUGCUCUAUCACGCCUUCGUGUUUCUGAUUGUCUUGGGUUGUUUGAUCUUAGCUGUCCUGACAACUUUCAAGGAGUAUGAAACUGUUUCAGGAGACUGGCUCCUCUUGCUGGAAACUUUUGCCAUUUUCAUCUUUGGAGCAGAGUUUGCCUUAAGAAUCUGGGCUGCUGGGUGUUGCUGUCGCUACAAAGGAUGGAGAGGGAGACUCAAAUUUGCCAGGAAGCCAUUGUGCAUGCUGGAUAUCUUUGUGCUGAUUGCUUCAGUGCCAGUGGUUGCUGUAGGGAACCAGGGCAAUGUUCUGGCAACAUCUCUCAGAAGCCUCCGCUUCCUUCAGAUCCUACGGAUGCUCCGAAUGGACAGGCGGGGUGGUACAUGGAAGCUUUUAGGAUCAGCCAUUUGUGCACACAGCAAAGAACUCAUCACUGCUUGGUACAUUGGGUUCCUGACGCUCAUCCUAUCCUCAUUUCUUGUUUAUCUGGUUGAAAAAGAUGUUCCUGAAAAGGACGCUAAUGGGGUGGAGAUGAAAGAAGAGUUUGAAACCUAUGCAGAUGCACUAUGGUGGGGGCUGAUCACCCUCGCUACGAUUGGGUAUGGUGACAAGACUCCCAAAACAUGGGAGGGACGGCUGAUAGCAGCUACCUUCUCUCUCAUUGGAGUGUCUUUCUUUGCUCUUCCUGCAGGCAUUUUGGGCUCAGGGCUGGCACUGAAGGUCCAGGAGCAACACCGUCAAAAACAUUUUGAGAAAAGAAGAAAGCCAGCAGCUGAACUCAUUCAGGCUGCCUGGAGAUACUAUGCUACUAACCCCAACAGGAUUGAUCUAGUUGCUACCUGGAGGUUUUAUGAAUCAAUUGUGUCAUUUCCAUUUUUCAGGAAAGAGCAAUUGGAUGGUACUGCCAGCCAAAAGCUGGGUCUCUUGGAUCGGGUUCGUGGUACCAAUACUAAAGGAAAGCUAUUUACCCCUCUGAAUGUAGAUGCCAUUGAAGAAAGUCCUUCAAAAGAGCCUAAGAAUGUUGUCUUGAAUAAUAAGGAGCGUUUUCGCACUGCAUUCCGAAUGAAAGCGUACGCUUUUUGGCAAAGCUCAGAAGAUGCAGGAACAGGGGAACCCAUGGCAGAAGAGAGAGGCGACAGUAGUGACUUCCUUAUGGAAGAUAUGAUCCCCACAUUCAAGACAGCCAUCCGAGCUGUCAGAAUACUACAGUUUCGUCUCUAUAAAAAAAAAUUCAAGGAGACUUUGAGGCCUUAUGAUGUGAAGGAUGUGAUAGAGCAAUACUCAGCAGGGCAUCUUGAUAUGCUUUCCAGAAUAAAGUAUCUUCAGGCAAGAGUAGAUAUGAUUUUUACACCUGGACCUCCAUCUACUCCCAAGCAUAAGAAAUCCCAAAAGGGAGGAGCUUUUUCUUACCCUUCACAACAGUCUCCCAGAAAUGAUCCAUAUGUAGCCAAAGCAUCUACAGCAGAUACUGAAGACCAAAGUAUGAUGGGCAAAUUUGUUAAAGUUGAACGACAGGUUAAUGACAUGGGGAAGAAACUGGAUUUUCUUGUUGAUAUGCAUAUGCAUCAUAUGGAACAGCUGCAAAUACAAGUUGCUGAGAUAAGUCCAUUGAAAGAAACUGCUUCUCCUGCAAAGGAGAGGAGAGAAGAAAACAAAUAUUCUGAAUUAAAAACAAUAAUAUAUAAAUACACUGAGCAGUGUGCUCAUGAAACUCCUUACAACUUCCAGCAGGUUCCAGUCAACAAAGUCAGUCCUUAUGGUUUCUCAGCACAUGGUCAUCCGACUCAUCCACAACCUUUAUCAAUAGGUGGGCAAAACUCUGGCAAAGUGCAAGCCACACCUUCCUCAACUUCACAUGCAGAAAGGCCAACAGUUUUGCCUAUAUUUACAUUAAUGGACUCCCAGGUUAGCUACCACUCUCAAGGAGACCUACAAAGCCCUUACUCAGAUAAGGUGUCUCCAAGGCAGAGAAGGAGCUUCACAAGAGACAGUGAUACGCCAUUGUCCCUUCUCUCCGUCAACCAUGAGGAACUUGAGCGCUCCCCAAGUGGCUUCAGUAUCUCCCAAGACAGAGACGACUUCCCCUUUGGCCCCAAUGGGGGAUCAGCAUGGAUGAGAGAGAAACGCUACCUAGCAGAGGGGGAAACGGACACAGAUACUGACCCUUUUACACCAAGUGGCUCCAUGCCUUUGUCUUCUACAGGAGAUGGGAUUUCAGAUUCAAUAUGGACCCCUUCAAAUAAGCCAGUUUAAAAGUGCGUGUGGGGGCAGUCACUGGUUGACUUCUCCAUGUAAUGUAAGCAUACUUUGUAUAUCUCACUUACUCUACACCCAAAGCUUACUAGUUCAAAACACCGAUGGCUGCAUAAGAUGCAUGUGAUAUUAGUGGUAGUCAUUCUGCACCAUUUCAUACAAUUUACUAAUGCAGUUUUUUUCAUGCUACCAAAACUAAGGAGCUUAGUUUUGAGCAUGGUUUGCAUGACUUUGCCCUAUAUAAAUGGUACAGCUGAUUUCUUCUAUGAUACAUAUCUAUCUGAUACUCUUCAAUACAACAAUGGUGAACUUAUAACAGGCAAGAUAUGGUGGUCCUUGCUCCAUUUUGUAAACAGAGCAGCAAAGUAAAAAUAUUCUCAGGAGCAAUAUCCCUUUGUGGAAACAAUGUCUGAAUCAAUUUUCCAAUAUAAGUAAAUCAAUCUCUAACUGACCUAGCCAAGAACAUCUAACAUUCAAAGCAGGGAAAAAGCUGAGUCAAAGUAAAUGACCUUACUGAAACGUUUUUUUGAGCUAAAUGUUUCUCAUGUGAUCUCUUGUACAACUACCUGUGAAAUACAAUGUCGAAAUGAAAUUAAGGGUAGUACUUAAAAUCUAAGCCACCUCCUGGUCAUGUUAUUUAUUUAUUUAUCGUAAAGUGUAAAUAUAAAUCCCUCAAACUACUUUGAAAAUCUUCACUAGUGUUUAUUAAAUUGCUCAAAGCAUGACUACAAUGCUAUUUUGUAGAAAGCCUUUUGCUAAACCCAUUUGCUACUUCUGGGGCCAAAUUUUUUUUUCUGUUCCAAAACUAAGUUUGUUCGCUGGAGGAAACUCCAGGUUUAUAUACUCUAUUUCUAUUGAUUAAGUAAGCUGCAUAAUGUAACUGUGCCUCAGUUUCCCAAUCUGUUAAUUGGGAGUUAUACUUCCAUACAUAUACACAGGUUGUAAGGCUCAAUUCACUAGUAUUUGCCAAGCGCUUUGAGGUCCUCAGAUGUGCCGAGUAUUGCUAUCCUGUUCCCUGGGAGUUCCACAAUGUGGGAUGCUGCCAGGUUCUGUUUCUCUCUGUUUACUGUUCCUCUUGGAAAUGGACUGCUCCAAAUCCAUGAAUGUGUGCCAUAUUUAGGAUCAAUGUAUGAAUAAAUAAAUACCAUUUUUUUCACCUGUCCCUGAGCAUCAGAGAGAUAAGUAUGCUCCCCAGGCCUCAGCCAAAUAUUUUUUCAUAGGAACUGGAAAUUGUGUUGAGGGAGACCAGAAAAACAAUCCAGCCCACUGGGAACAGGGCAGAAAUGAAUCAAAGAUCUCUCCACUACAGUGGGAAUGUAGUAUUUAUACAGCUGAUGAAACUAGCCUGUCCAGAUAUCCUAUGCAGGAUUCAGCUGGUGUCAGUCCAGAUGUCCAUGAAAUAGCAUCCAUUUGAUGUCAAGUUCGAUGGCUAUGCACUCUUUACAACUGGCAGAAAACUAUUCAGUAUUGUCAGUGAGCACAGGGUACAAGAACCAAGGCACACAUCAUAAAGCUGAUGAGAUUCAUCUCAUCUUUAACUCAAUUACCUACAAUGAAAAAUUUCUGCCAACUUCCAGGGGAACAGAGGGUGACUUGCUUAGAUGCCAGAUGAUCAGAAACACCCACAGUGAGUGGGAAGGCUCUCACCUUACCCCACUGAUCCAAGGUACAGCCUGUCUGCUGUGGCUCAUGUGCACCUCCUGUUGAGACUGACCCCUGUCACUCCACACAAUGGCUUCACCACCAUGGCUACAGCACUGACCAACAAAGACACAAGGAUCUGGCCCAUGUAAGAUGUUAGAAAGUGGGCGUUCUGUGGUGACUGCUUGUAUUAUACUGCAGCUGCACAACUGAGCAUCCUUGGCACAUCCAAUCAGAGCACAAGAAAGACAUACGCUUUACUGGGCUUCCCAGUAUUUAUUGGGCAUUGCAUAGUCCUGGACAGAGUGUGCUUUAGUGGAAGAUACCUUGUUGGGUUUUGCCCAGCGUAGUAAAUUUCAAGUUUGGUUCCUCAGUAUCGCGGACAUCUUGUAACAGUCAUUCCAUCCAGGGAGCUUCUAUUCUCUUCCAGAUGUAGGCUUUCAUCUUCACUGUUUAUUGUCUAUUUAAAGAGACAUCUGAAGGAUUAGGAUCUUCUUGCUUUGUCUGCUUCUUCAGCUAAAUCAUGGUACAUCCUUCUGGGACAGAUCUUCAGGGAGAAUAGAUUGCUGUGGUUACAUGAGUAAAUGAUGCAGACCAGUUACAGCCUUUGAAGAGUGGGCUGAGUCCAUGGGGCUGUUCUGAGGCCAUUAACUAUGAUGGCAUGAAGCAUAAUUUUGGUAAUUACUUAAUUGACAAAAUGGCCAUUGACCUGAAAGAUAAUCUCUGUUUUGUUUCAUGGGUAGACCUGAAAAGAAUAAAACCAGCUGAUGAAAGUGUAAUUCAUUAUAAUCUGGCACAUUGAGAAGAAUUCUUUGGCCAUCAGUGAUUCUUGGAAAUACCAGUACCUGCUGCAGGCUUUCUAAUAUAGUAAUACAUGUCUGUGGCAACUUGUAAGAUUUAACCCUCACAUGGCAACAGAAUGAAGAAGAAUGAAAACUGCUUUUAACAUUGCUAGACGACUUCUGAAAUUGUUGUAAGUAUAUACUAGACAAACCUGCUUCACUUUUCUGAUAUGUCAAGUGCCUGGCAUCCCUACUGAUUUCAUUCAAGUUUGCCCCUUCCUAAAAUGUUUUCUAGAUCUGAGCAACCAAAAUCAAGGCAACCAAAACCCAAGUGCAAUCUGAAAAAUUUGUUUGUGAAUCUCUCUGACGGUGGCUAUGCCACACAGUUCCCUGCCCAGUUCCCACUCAUAUUUUUCACUUCAUGUUUCUAAUCUCUCCCAUGCCAGGUCAUAUAAAGGGAAUCUUUUCUCAGUAUCAAACCUGGCUGAAAAUCAAUAAAUCACCUCAUUAUAAAGGUAUGUUCAUUCCAAGAGAAAAUCCAAGCAAGGGCAGAGACUUGAAUGAGCCUUCACCUGCACACAGAGUGCAGCCCCAGAGAAAGUGGGAUUUGGGCUGCUCUGCACUGUGUACACUUAGCAGCUGAACUGCCUUCAAAUUAGCAUUUUCUGUGGUCUGUAAGCACCAAUGAACUAUAUGCAGCUUGAAAACACUAUGUCUGGUAUUUGUAGCCAAAUCCUGAAAUAUUUAAUGAUGUGCUAACUGGCCAGAUAGGGUCUGCCUCUUCUUAAAAGGCAUUGGUAGUAAGCUCAGCAAGACCCUCUGCAGUGGACAUCUCUGGGUCCUCUGGAAGAGACCCAAGAAGAGGGUCAAGGAAGGUCUGAUUAGCUUAUUUUAAAGUUUAUUUUUUCAAACACACUUCUUUGCAUUGAGACCAAUCACUGCUUCAUUUAGAAGGGUGAUGUGCUUCGCAGCCCUCUGCCUCCUACAUCAUCUGGAUUAAAAACAGAGUGUGCAUCUGUUCUGCUGUGUGUGCUGACAACAGAUACAUGUCAAUAUGUCACCAGCCAGGUGAGAUCUGGAGACCAUUCCUGAUCUGGGAUGUGCACACAAAUUUCAUCACACUCCAUUUCAGGUGCAGUCCAGGGAGUGCAUCAACCUUGGAACUGCAGUUUAUGUGCCUGCCACAGAUGCUGGACAAAACAAAAUAAAGUCUCUGUGAUUAUAGGCCCUGGCAACAUUUAAAAGGUCAGGACCUGUUUUGCAGAAUAGGUUCACCACAUACAAGGAAUCAUUAUUCACAAUUUCAUUUGAGAGAGGCAUCUGUGAUACUGGUACUCCUCAUACUAGGAGUGGAUUUGAUUUAUCCCUUCUUCUAUUUCUGUGUGACAUCUAAGUUUAACAGCUAUAAAUUUUGUUUGGGUCCAAUCUUCCUAGGGUCUAGACUGACACUGACACUUCGUUUACAUAUGAUUAAUGUUAAAGACAAUUAACCACUGGAAUGGACUCUUCGCUGACUCUUAACUCCUGCAAGUGACCAAGGAUUUGUUUUAGGCCUUGAGAUGUUUUUCGUGAUCAGAACAUGCGGGGCUUUCCUCUGCUCUCCUUGAAGUCAGUAAGAAACAUUCUCAAGCUGACACACUGGGAGCAGGACUGGGUCCUAAUCUGCCUUUAUUUAUGAAUCCCCUUGUGAAAGACAGCAUUGAUGUUUUUCUUAGCUACGUUUUUAUGUGGACUUUUCAGUCCCUGAUGGAUGACACACAUCUGGAAGGUUUUGAAAAGGUAAAUCUGUGUGUACAUUGUAUGCCUCUCUGCAGCGUUAUUAUCAAUCCAGCUUCCUCACUUUAGAUUCAAACUGAGAAUAUUUCAUUUUUUAGAUUCAAACUGAGAAUAUUUCAUUUUUAGAUUCAAACUGAGAAUAUUUCAUUAAGGCAGAUGUAAAUGUUUAGUUAAUAUAUGCAGGUCUAGAAAAUGUGGUUUAUGCUCCAUUUAAGGAGUUGAUCCUUUCAAAAAAAAAUCUGGUCAGGUAAUGGCAGUUGUCCUUUCCUUGGCUUUUCUCUGCACUGAAUUAAUCCAUCUGGCUCCUAUGGAAAUAAAAUUCAGCACCUGUAGAGAUUGAUUGAAAAAUCCCUAAACUAACUUUGGCUACGUUUGCUCUGUUUUUAUCUGUAACUUUGCUGCAUUGUUACGGUUCAGAGUGGAAAUAAUUUUAAAUUUUUAUUCUUCAGAUUGUGGCCCGGCAGUGCCACAGACUAAUUCCCACCUGAACCCGUGCAUAGUGGGGCUCCUGACUUGCGGCCUUCAGGCAAGCACCGUGGUCCAAUCAGUUUGCAAGUUCACAACCUAAAGCAAUCAGAAAAUGCAGAUUUAGGAGAAAAUUCAGCCCUGCUGGGAACCCAGUUGAUGCAGGGGUGUCACAUCUGCUUAUAUAAGAACUGGAUUUGUCCUGCUUAGUGCAGAGCAUGUGAGAAAGAGCUGGAUCUUCAUUCCUUGCACCCCACAGCCCCCACCACUAAGCUUUACGUCCCUAAGAGCUGCAAGCCUGAAUUUUCUACAGCACCUCAUGAAUUUGGUGUGAUACGGCUUUUUCAUGAGCCUAGCUGAAUGUGGGCAUUCACUUUUGAAGACCAUUUUCAGGGGUGCAGAGGGAAAAGGGGCCAUUUUCAAGUGUUUUCAGCUGGGCACUGUGGGAAUGAAGAUCCUGGGUAUCACUAUUGCUUCUGAUUAUUUAGGCUGUAAGAUUUGAUCCUUCCCAAUUCAGCUCUUAGUAGCUUCCCUCUGAAGUUAAGUGAAGCAAAAUACUGAAAGUGGGAUCCUAUUUCCAUCCUCAAGGAUACGCUGAGACUGAAGGUUACAUAGCCAACUGCAUUUUGUUUUCUAGUUAUGGCAUCUUAUUAUUACUAGUAUUUGUGCCUUGCUCACUGAAAUUUUCUCCAUGCUACAAAGAUGCUUUUCAGAUUCUGGCUGACAAGGGAACACAACUUUUAUACAAGUGGCCUUUAGUGCUCUUUAUAAUAUUAUUUAUUGUAAUUUUUAAACUGUAUGUGUAAUUUAUAUUCUGGCACUGUCCAAUAUUUGAACAACUUUAAUAUGUUUAUUUCAAUA